UUUUCCAUUCUAAAAUACAGUGUAAUACUUUACUAUAUAUAUAUAUAUAUAUAUAAUAGAGAAUACUUUGACUAUACACUUGAUUACAACACAAAUCCCUAGUUUUCAAGGCACUUUUUUGGAGAUCUUGUUCGAACGCAAAGUAUCUGGGGAUACGAUGCGUGUCUUCUCUCUCUAUUUCUCUCUCUACUAGGUCUUUGAAUAAAUCCCAUCUCGAUCUGUGAGUUUUCGAUGCAGUGAUCCCUUUUUUGAAUUACAUCUACUUUCUCGGGAAAAUCUCUAAUUUUCCGUUCGAUUUCUCUGGGUUUCUCGUUUUUUUUUUCUUUUCCCAGUGGGUAUUGGAUUUGCGACGAAGAGCUUGAAAUUGAAAAUCAUGGGUUUGUUUUCAAGCCCUAGGAAGGGUGGUUUCGGUCGUUACCUUUUUGUCAUCGGCGUUGUACUCUUGGCCGUCUCUGGCGUUUCAGCUCAGAUGGUUCUUGAAAAACUUGGGAGUGAUUGGAAUGAUCAAGAAACUGUUGUUCUACCUGUCAAUUUGGAUUCUGGUCUUGGAGUUCUCGAUGCGUUCCUUACCAGUUUGUCAAUGAUUAUCGUCAGCGAGAUUGGAGAUGAAACUUUCAUAAUUGCAGCUAUUUUGGCAAUGCGUCAUCCCAAGUCAAUUGUUUUGUCUGGUGCACUAAGUGCCUUGAUUGUAAUGACAGUACUUUCCACUGGACUUGGUAAAAUCGUACCAAAUUUGAUAUCGAGGAAGCAUACAAACAGUGCAGCUACAGUUCUUUAUGCUUUUUUCGGGCUGCGGUUGCUCUAUAUUGCAUGGGGAUCAGAUUCAAAAGGAUCCCAGAAAAAGGAAAUGGAGGAAGUAGAGGAGAAACUGGAGGGUGGACGAGGGAAAACAACAGUCCGUCGUAUCUUUUCUCGAUUUUGUACACCGAUAUUCUUGGAGUCUUUCAUCUUAACCUUUCUAGCGGAGUGGGGUGAUCGUAGCCAGAUAGCGACAAUUGCUCUGGCAACACACAAAAGUGCAAUUGGAGUUGCAGUGGGAGCUACUCUGGGACACACCAUCUGUACAUCAUUGGCAGUAGUUGGAGGAAGCAUGCUAGCAUCCAAGAUCUCACAAGGCACAGUAGCUACCAUUGGGGGUCUGCUAUUCCUUGGUUUUUCAUUGUCAUCAUAUUUCUAUCCUCCAACCUGAUUGUUUUGGAGCAGUUCUAUGCUCCUCUAUCUCUAUCUCCAUCUCUAUCUCUCUCCAUUCUUUUAAAAAAACUCUAUUUUCCUGCUUAUUCUUUUAUACAAUAUUCGUAUAUGAAUACAUUAAUUAUUUUUCCCA